CUCUGACGAACCUAAAGACCUUCCGAUUUUGGUGCGGACAUAGCGAAAUUUCGGACAAAUACGGAAUCUAGCGUUUGACGAGCCAACUCCGCUCUGCAACUUGAGUCCAAAGUUAUCCGCUCCGUCCAAAGCUCACUCAUUCUCUACAAAUGCUUGCAAGAAGAGCGUCGGCCUUCGCGCGCAGCUUCGCCACUGUCGUCGACAAUGCCGGGGUCAAGGUCGCAGCCGUCGACAAUGGCCAAGCCACAACCGCUGUCACCUUCCUUGUCAAGGCUGGCAGCCGAUACGAGCCUAAACCUGGUGUCGCGCAUACGCUGAAAAACUUUGCUUUCAAGAGCACAGCCAAAAGGUCCGCAUUGGGCACGGUCAGAGAGAGCGAGUUGUACGGCGGCGUCCUCUCUGCAAGUCUGUCCCGCGAAUACUUGGCACUCACUUCUGAGUUCCUGCGCGGUGAUGAGUCAUUCUUCGUCGAUCUCAUCUCAUCUUUCCUCACGUCUGGCAAGUACCAGCGACAUGAGUUCCAGGAGUACGUCCUCCCGGUGGUCGAAGCCGAGAGUACCGCUGCCUCGCAAAACCCUGCAACACACGCACUCGAACUCGCACAUUCGCUCGCAUUCCGUUCUGGUCUCGGCUCCUCCCUCUUUGCGUCCCCACACAGUCAUGUCUCCCUCGAUGAUGUCAAGGAAUUUGCUGCUCGUGCAUUCAGCAAGGGCAACAUCGCUGUUUUGGGUACCGGCAUCGAUUCAGCUGCGCUUACACAGUUGGUCGAGAAAGCGCUUGCAGGCGCAUCUGUGGGCGAUAUGGUUGUGGAGAAACCAUCGACAUACUUUGGUGGUGAGACGCGAGUGGAGUCGCAUGGAGGUCCUGAAACCGUGUUCAUUGGCUUUGGCGCUGCUGGCCCUGCGGACCCUGCACUAGCCAUUCUUUCUGCGCACCUCUCGCCUCAGCCAUCCGUCAAGUGGUCGCAGGGCCUCUCGCCUAUUUCUGCUGCCAUUCCGCAGGGGACAUCAGUGCAAACUGUUCUUAUGCCUUAUUCGGAUGCAACACUUUUCGGUCUGCUUAUUCAAGGCUCGAGCGCCGAAGGUGUGAAAGAGGCUGCCAAGGUUGCUACUAAGGCGCUGAAGGAGUCGACGGGCCUCAAGGGUGACGCACUUAAAACGGCUGUGGCCAAAGCCAAGUUCGCUGCUGCGAGCUCUCUAGAUAGUCGUGAUGGGAUUUUUGGCGCUCUUAGCACCAAGGUCUUUGCAAACUCGAACCCUUCGAUUGAAGCGACGCUAGCGUCGAUAGACAAGGUUGAUGCUGCUGUAUUCUCGAAGUCUAUCACUGCGAUCACGAAAGCGAAGCCCACGUUUGUUGCUAUUGGGAGCGUGCAGGCAUUACCUUUCGCCGAUGAAGUUGGCCUUUGAACUAGAUGAUACUAUUGAUAGACCAUCGCUUUACAUUAUGUGCUAGCGAAAAAUAUCCUUUACUUUGCAUUUGGAUAUGAUGCCGGUUUUCCGCGAAA